AUGAUCAAUCUUGCAGACAGCUGCAUUGACAUUGACUAUGAAAAGAAUCGGUACAAGUUUUUCCGGUAUGAGUGGGAAAAAACGGAAAGUGACGAUCGGAGACCCUUGUGCGUCAGAGCACAGGACAAUAUCUUGACGGAGGGAAAGCUCAUAUACCAUCAGAAAGAUUUGGUCCCUGAAGCUAGACACUUUACCGAUGCCCUUAAAGCUUCGUCAUUUGGAGCGAAUGGGGAUAAAUAUCGAGCUGUCGUUGCAAUACAGGUUCUCCCUGAGCAUAUUCACGGGUUGCAGAAGAUCACAAUCGGUGCAGAUACUUAUUUGACAGGUCCAUUGAUAAUUUCUGUGCUCGAUUCGACAAAAAUGAAGAUCAGAUGUUAUGGGCAAGUUUACGGUCGAGUAGGAGAAGGUCAAACAAAAGCUGAGAUCAAAUUCUGCUUAUCAUCGGAUUCCUAUUUCGUUUUUGUGUCAGGAUAUGGGCUGCUCACAGAAGAUGCAGACUCCUUGACGUCGAGGCCAUGGAAUGUUCUCGUUGCUUGCUCCGUUGGCCGUGUUGUCGCUAAUUACAGCAAAGGAAUCGACAGCAGUGUCCCCUUCGCAUCGGAAGCAAGAGCAUUGCUUCUUGGAUCCGUGUUCAACCCUGAUGAGCGCUCUGUACAGAGAUAUGCAGCACUACAUAGCAACUGCAAGGAUGUUUUCAUCCCCUACAACGCUCCUAGCCACAAUCAAUCCAUCCCUAAUGCAAAAGUUCUUACCAUUGUCCAUGUUUCGGUUGAGAAAUGGGCCCUUGUAAUGUUAUUGGCAUGCUCUAUCGUUUUGGGUUCCAUGGGUUGCGUGCUGAACUCAAUAGCAAACUGGAAGAACAUGCCGAAACACGUUUUUGGCGAAAGAGCCCUGGCAAAACGUUGGUGUCGAGAGAAGGAAACUCAGUGGAAAGAUGAAGUGGAGCGAGAACCAAAGAUUUCUGGAAAGUUCAAUAGAUGGAAUUUGAGAAGAAAGCUCUUCCCUAAAAAUAACCCGCUCUACCUUUCUGUUUUUGUUGGUGAUUUGCAAGAUGAUCUAUGCAUUACCCGCAGGGAGACAGUUGUGACAAGAGACAAGUCCAAAACCUUUGUAGAUAUUGAAUUAGACAAGCAUGAUCAUCAAGAUUGGGAUUUGGAAAGUGUACCACCGCCGAUUGGGUUACCAGGGGUCAAUAUGCAAGCCGAAGAAAAUCUAUAG